UGGAUAUGUGUCAUGCAGUACUUAUUCAAAACAUAUUUAGGAUUAGAAGUAGAACCUGAGUCGAAUUAUUCUCAUUCGUUUGCAACCCAUUUGUAGGAGCGGUCAGUACUCCGCACCAUCAAAUUGCUAUUUCAGCUUUGUACGUUAACAAGCAUUUGUAAAUAUACCUCCUGAUUUUUUUGCAAUUCACAAGCAUAGCCCCGAGCUUCCAAAUAAAUAUCUAGAAACUGAAAUAAUGGACGGGGAAAAGAAUGUCGUCAUAUUUGGCGAAUCUGGAAGUGGUAAAAGUUCCAUUGUGAACCUCCUCCUUGGAAAACCAGUGGCCCAAGUUUCUGAUCGAGCUGUUGGAUGUACGUUUGAAUUCAGCAAGUACACUGCACCAAAUUAUAAUCUGUUCGAUACUGUUGGUCUUUCGGAAGGAAGUGAAGGAACAGUGAGCCAAAAAUUUGCGGUAAAUCAACUAAUCAAUCUCUUAAAGUCUUUGGAGAAUGGGGUUUCCCUUUUGGUCUUUGUGAUGGAAAAGGGAAGGAUUAAAAAGAGCCUAGAUGAGAAUUAUAAGCUAUUCGUGGAGGCAAUUUGCAUGGGGAAAGUGCCCGUCGUUCUUGUAAUAACUCAUUGCGAGAUGGAACCAGUUCUUGGAAAGUGGUGGGAAGAUAACAGACAAUACUUUGAUAAGUAUAGAAUGACUUUCACCUCUGUUGUUUGCGGAUGUUCCAUGAAUCCAGAGAUGGCACCGGCAUUAAUGCAGCCCAUGGUAAAAUCACUAAAUGAUACUACAGUGGCACAACUUAGCAAAGCCAUAAGUUCCAGCAUGCUUGUUCCCGGAUGGAAAGUGAAGGGGGGUUGGAAAACCUUGCUGCAAACCAUCCUGAGGAGAAUUGUAAAAAUUAUUUGCAUAUUUCUUCAGUUACCAGACGUAAAUUUAUUUGCUGGUAGUGAGCUAAGUUUUGAGGAUAGGCUUUUCGUCUACUUCAAGGGACAGGGGUAUGAUGAGCUUCUCUCCAAACAGAUGGCGAAAGAUAUUGCAAAUGUAGUGUGAUAUUAAAAAGUUUUGAGCACUUCAUGUCACUGGCUUACUCUUUGAUUGAAAAUUGGAGUCAUGGGUAUCCUCUGGGGAAUAAGGCACUAUUUACGUACAUAUAACUUGAUUAUUUAACUUUAUUAUGUAACUCUAUACAAUGAACAUUAAUAUUUAUUAACGUAUCUAUUCUACAUUACAUAAAUUUCUGUAUAGAUAAAGAUUUUUUUCCUAAGUAGUUUAAAUGAUAUAGAGGGUAUUCAUGGGUCUAUGUCUUCGGGUCCUUGGUAUUCGUCGUAUAACUUACGACGGUUACUAGAUUUUGUAGGCGUCGUAAGAUUUUUGUCAUCGAAAAUCACGUUACUAACAAGGGACACUAUGUAGGUAGGUAAAUAUAUGGGCAAAACUCCAAAAUUUCUGAAGAAAAAUAUCGAAAAAAAAUCCGCUUUAUAAUAUCUAGUUUACUUUAUUCAUUUCUAAAUAAUUAAUAAGUAUAAUUUGAUUCAAUUACUCUAAAAUAUUAUGGUAAAAUGCAAUAA